UUCUGGAGGGACUGGAACUAAUGUCAGCUCUUCAAAAAGGCGCGCGGGCAUCCAAAUCAGUUUUAUUUACAGUUUUUAUCUUGGGCUAAAAGUUAGUCGCGAAACCAAAAUCAGAUCUAAAUAACGACAUUGGAAGGUUGAAUAGAACUGAUUAACACUAAGUAGGGUGUACCUUCAGCAUGAGCGGCGAUGUCGUGAGAAUCGCACCAAAACCAUCAUCGAAACCGUCCGUUCUCGCUGGACCAAAUUUCAGUCCACAACUGGACUUAACGCCCGAAAAAAAGCAUCCCAAACGAACUGCAUACAGCAGUGCCUUGCCUGAGACAGGUGUAUUUGUAGAGAGAAACAGCACAGACAUUAGACCUCUAGAAACUACGGUGCCAAACAAAGGGAAAAACGGAGGAAUAAGUGUGAGACUAAACAAACCAUGUGUCAACUCUUCAGCAAGAAUCAGCCAUAAACUACAAAUGCUCCAAGAAUGCAAAUUUAACUCUGCAAUUGCAAUUGCUGCAGAAUUGGAAAAAUCAGAGACGACAAAGACUGCAUUGCUUGAACGGGCUGCAUUGGGAGUGAACGUGAAAAGGGACCAAAACAAGUACUCUGACCUAGUCCCCUUGGAUUUAGUUGCUGAGGACCUUAUUGGGGUACAUACUCAGCAAAGGGCAUCAUUUAAACCCAGAGAACCCAAGGUACCUGAUAAUGAGCCUCAGAUCAUGGACUUUUUUUCUGAAGAGUUUGAGGAGGAGACAUCAAGAUGUGUGUUCCCUGGGCCAGAGGAAGUUGACAAUGAAGUUGAUGAUGAUGAUGAUGGUGGUGGUGGGGGACAUGCAUUUGACUUGUACCGACAUGUUCAAUGCUGGGAGCAUAGUUGGAGAUAAUUCUGUAAACAGAGGCGUGUUGUUUUGUACUUGGAUGAAAAACAGAUUUAAUAAAAUAAGGAUAAACCAGAUAGACAUCCUAGACAGAACACUACAGUACGUCCAACUUACAAUUUCUCCUUACUGUAAUGACAAAUACAACACUCUGCGAGUCAACACUUUUAAUUGCCUGUUUUGCAGUUAAUUCAGAAGAAGCAUUCUUGCAAAUCAGCUCUACAUCUAUUUCUUUAAAUUUCGUAUGUCGUCAUCUUUAAAGCAAUCAACUGUUUUUUUUGUUUUUUGUUAUUUUAAUGCCACCUCAUUGUUGACCAGGGAUAAUACGACAGUAAGGAGGCAGAGUGUCUCACUUCCUUGUUUACCUUCAGUUGGAUGAGGUAGUAUCUUGCCGUCUUGUUUACCUUCAGUUGGAUGAGGUAGUAUCUUGCCGCCUUGUUUAGCUUUAUUGGACAUACAUAGUAGGAAUUGUCUGCCAAAUGCUAGUGGGUGACUUAACAAAAAUAAAGAUAUAAAUAAAAACA